AUGGAUACCACAGCAACUCGGAGAGAGCAUUUCAAACGACAAAUGGCUGUUAAAUCAACUGAUCAAAUGCUUAUGAAAGCAAAUCUUGCACCACCUACUAUCACACCAGAUAGUCCACGACCUCAAAAAGUUCUCAACACUUCAGAUUUGGCCCAAAAAGAUGCAAAUACAAAAGAGCUACCAGCGAUGGAUACAAAAGGUCAUUGUUUUGGUAAAAGUGUCAAAGCAGAAACGCUGAAACGAACGUGUCCAUGCAGUUGUGAUGCAAUACAUUUUGAUAGAAUCCAAACAUGUUGUAAAACUGUUGGUCAACGAGGAAUGGCUUUUUGCUUGCCCUUAUGUAAAUACAAUACAACUGUUGACGAAGCAAGCUACAAAUGCGUUUCUCAACUUACAACUUGGGCUUAUUGUGCUGCUGAUGUUAGCGAUAAUACAGCAUGCUGCAAAUCAAGAGGUGUUGCAAUGGAGUGUUUGAGCUUUUGUAAAGGUGACGUGCCAACUUGUGAUUUGCAAAAUAUCUUUUCAUACCAGCCUUGCCUGAGACAUAUCGAGACGAUUACUUAUUGCCACAAGGAGAGUUUAGUGCCAGAACCCCGAUGGAAUCCCGAAUGGACUGCUCGCUGCGAGUGGGAUGAAAGCGACUAA